AUGCGGUUCCAGAACCGAUUCCAGAGGUUCAUGAACCACCGGGCCCCAGCCAAUGGCCGCUACAAGCCAACUUGUUAUGAACAUGCUGCUAACUGUUACACACAUGCAUUCCUCAUCGUCCCGGCCAUCGUGGGCAGCGCGCUCCUCCACCGUCUGUCUGACGACUGCUGGGAGAAGAUCACGGCGUGGAUCUAUGGCAUGGGCCUCUGCGCCCUCUUCAUCGUCUCCACAGUGUUCCACAUGGUGUCCUGGAAGAAGAGCCACCUGAGGACAGUGGAACAAUGUUUCCACAUGUGUGACAGAAUGGUUAUCUACUUCUUCAUUGCUGCGUCUUACGCGCCAUGGUUAAAUCUCCGUGAACUUGGACCCCUGGCAUCUCACAUGCGUUGGUUUAUCUGGCUCAUGGCAGCUGGAGGAACCAUUUAUGUAUUUCUCUACCAUGAAAAGUAUAAGCUGAUUGAGCUCUUUUUCUAUCUCACAAUGGGCUUCUCUCCAGCCUUGGUGGUGACAUCCAUGAACAACACGGAGGGCCUGCACGAGCUGGCCUGCGGGGGCCUGAUCUACUGCCUGGGCGUGGUCUUCUUCAAGAGCGACGGCAUCAUCCCGUUCGCCCACGCCAUCUGGCACCUGUUCGUGGCCACGGCGGCCGCCGUGCAUUACUACGCCAUCUGGAAGUAUCUCUACCGCAGCCCCACCGACUUCGUGCGCCACUUGUGA